UAUAUAAAUGAAAUUUGCUUGCUUGCUUGCUUGCAAAGCUUUUUAUAUUAUUUUUCAAAGUAUAUGCUUUUGUCUGUUAUAACUUUGAAUUGUCUGUCUGGUACUGAGGUCAACUAGUAGUGUUUGAGAAGGUCUGACUCUAAUCUGCAAGACACAUGCCACUAAAGACUCACACACACACACACACACACACACACACACACACACAGGCACACACACGCACACACAAAGUAAACACGACUGCCCUAUAAAUAUAAAUUGCAGUCAAUGGAGCUGGAAUUCCUUUGCACUCACUCACUGAGUCACUUGCCCUCACUUCUUCUCAGUUUGUACACACCCCCAGCAGGUGCUUUCACUUGAAGUGUAGUUUGCAGUUGUGCUUUAGGCUGUGACUUUCAGGUUAAGUGUAAUUCCACCAGAGAGCCUGGGAGGGUCCGAGGCCUCUGGGCUUGGGGGCUCUGUGACACUCAUCAGGGGGAAACAGUGAAGGUGGCCCGCUGCUGGCUGCACCUUUGUCCUCAGGUAGCGCCCCGGCGUCUGAGCUGAGCGUUGGUGUGCAUCAAGGACAAACGGCCAUCCUGCAUCCUUGGAGAGAACCAGAGUUGCGCUGCAUCUUUAAUCAUCCAGUGAAGUCUUUGCCUCCGGCCAUCAGAGCAUCUUCGUGUCGGAACCAGUUAUGUCAGAUCCAGUGGGCAGUUUAUCGGAGGGCACAGUGUAUGGAUCCCGGAUCGGGAUGACAGAGGACUCCCUCGCCAUCCUGGAGCGAAACAGAGGCUCCGGAGAACCCUGGGACCUGGGCGAAACCAAACCAAACGUGGAAGCCCUGGAGCGUGGCGUGCCAGGCCUCUACCUGUCCUGCUUUGACAUGCUCCUCACUGAAGACGCCACCUGGCUGGUGAAAGUUUCAGAGGCCUCCCCGACGCUGGCUGUGCCCAUGACUCGCAUGGGGCCCCAGGAGGAACCGGAGCAGUGCCCCGUCAUCGACAGCCAGGAGCAGGGACUCUCUCCUGGGCUGGAGGGGCAGGAGGAGGAGCGCUCUCUGGAGCAGGUGCAGAGCAUGGUGGUGGGAGAAGUGCUGAAGGACAUUGAAACAGCCUGCAAACUGCUCAACAUCACGCCAGACCCUAUCGAGUGGAACACAGGGAACGUCCAGAAGUGGCUGCUGUGGACUGAACAUCUGUACAGGCUGCCCCACGCAGGAAAAGCCUUCCAGGACCUGACAGGAAAGGACCUGUGUGCUAUGAGCGAGGAGGAGUUUCGCCAGCGCUCCCCGCAGUGUGGAGACACGCUGCACGCACACCUGGACAUUUGGAAGUCAGCUGCGUGGAUGAAAGAGAGGUGUUCAGUCGGAGAUACAAAAACUACCGUUGGCGAGGAUCUUUGGUCCGAGGCAGAUUCGUCUUGUUCUGGUCAGCCCAUUCAUCUGUGGCAGUUUCUCCGAGAACUCCUGCUUAAACCUCACAAUUAUGGACGCUGCAUCCGCUGGCUUAAUAAAGAAAAAGGUAUUUUUAAAAUCGAAGACUCGGCUCAUGUUGCGAGACUGUGGGGACUCAGAAAGAACCGCCCCGCUAUGAACUAUGACAAGCUGAGCCGCUCCAUACGUCAGUACUACAAGAAGGGCAUCAUUCGCAAACCUGACGUGUCUCAGAGACUCGUCUACCAGUUUGUUCACCCAGUAUGAAGCGGCAGCGUGAUGGGAGGAGACGGAAGAUGAUAAGGAGGAGAUGGGAACCUACGAAACUAAAAGGACAAACUAUCUCAUCAUGCACUUGAACACCUGAGAUGAAAAGGUGAUAGGAAGCACGUGCACUGAUCAACACACACACUUUCACUGCCAACACUGACACUGGCAGCUGUUGCGUGACGGCUUAUCUGUGCAUGAUGUGAGAGGAAGAGACAAAACAAAGUAGGCGAUGAGGCUUUUUCCUGCUGCAGAAUGAAACAGCCACAAACACAAAAGAAAACAGAAACUGCCUUGUAAUUUGCAUGAUCUGCCUGUUUAUUCUUACAUAAUGUGAUUCUCAGUUAUUAUCAUCCAUUACAGCAAACAGUUCAAACUGAUUGCUCUUUCGCAAGCUUCAGGAAAACGCCCAGGGCCCACAGCUACAUUUGCUUUGUCUUCUUGUUUCGCACAUCUUGACCACGGUCUCUGUUUGAGUUAAAGCCGGUUUU